GUAUUAUCUUCCAGCCGUUCUCACUACGUUGAAUUUCCAUCUCCUUGAAAAACAUCCUUCGUCUCGCUCUCCUCGUAGAUCUUCUCCAUCACCAAGGCCAUUCGAUUCAUCAAGGCCAUUCAUCAAGGCUACUCGUCCACAACCUCCACGUAUCUAAGCAACAAUCCCAAUGGCGAGCCUCAACCGCGAGAACCCAAGUGGCGGAGAAGGGCCAAAGAAAGAAUACAAAGCUAACUGCCAUUGCGGCAAAAUCAAGCUCAUCGCUCUCGCUCCGGACCUCUCGACCACCCGACCGUUCGAUUGCGACUGCAGUAUCUGCUCCAAGAACGGCUACCUUCUCCUCUACGUCCGGCGGGAGGAUGUCACGUUCGUCUCGGGGUUAGAUGAAAUGACCAGCUACGUGUUCGCCUCAAGACCUGCCCUCACAAGUUUUGCCGACGUGUGGCACCAGCGUCCUCAUCGACUUUAACACGGCGAGUAUGGAGUGGCAGCGGGCGUUCUUUGCCAUUAAUAUCCGCACGAUCGAGGGGUUCCAAGAUAUGUUGCCAACGCUGAAGUUCAAUCCGGUCGAAAUGAGAAAACGGGGAGUGCCAUAUUCUGUUUCCUGGGAUGAAGCGGAUAAGCUACAACUGUAAAUUUGAGCGUUGGUAAAGGCGACAGUGUAUCAAGACGCCAGCCAAAUCAUUGAUCGACAAUAGUCUUUAAUCAGGAAGAAUGGAUGAUUAUGGAACACUCUAUAAUUCGAAGAUUGUGUCCGGUGUGCGCAGACGCUGCUCUGAG